AUGGGUCCGAAGAUAACUGCUGCGUUGCUUGUCGUUUACUUGGGGUACGCUGUUGGAGAUUAUAGGAACGAUGGGUUCCUGCCGAGCAGUUUCCAACAUACGGAAGAUCAGCUCGCACAGCCGUCCGCUAGAGCUGACAAGAGCAGAGAAGAGAGAGAUAACCAGCAAGACAGGACGCAGAGAUUUGGCGUUACAGACUAUGGGAGCACGGGUCCAUAUGGUAGCACAGCGCCGGGUGCCUACGGCCCCCUGAAGAUAGACCUCGGCGGAGUCCUGCUGGGGUCCAUCCUGGGCUUCGGCGCUGUUAUCAUCCUGCCCAAGAUCAUCCACGCCUUCUCGUAUGGCUAUGGGGGAUAUGGUCGCAGCGUGGAAACUGAUCUCGGUUCGAUGUCGGAAAUGGUGAAUCGACUCGAUGAGAUGCUCACUCGCUACAACAUCGACUCUUCAUCGUGCAUGCAACGCCUCGCAUGCUCCUACGUGCAGCUGGCCAAUGAGAACAUGCUGACUGGCAAUGCUACGGACUUCGACGCUUUGCUUACUAAUUUAUCCAGUAACUCUUUAGUGCGGCGCAUGCUAGAUGGCACAUCGAUAUACGAAGCGAUGUCGACCGGACGUUCUCUAGACGCCGAUUGUCAACAACUCUACCCCAAGUGUAAACUGGACAGGAAGACUGUUGUCAAAAUUAUAUCGCAGCUUGUACCUUCUUAGUGAUAGAAUUAGUAUUUUAAUUUUUAGUAUUUUUGUUGUUUCCAGAUUCAAUAAUUUUGCGCUGAGAAAAAAUACCGCUUAUACUUAAAGUACGUAGCAAACCAGCCCCCCCUAGCCAAGUGGCACGUCGAUUCUCUUUCUACGAUCGCUAACGCUUCGAAAACUAGACAGAUGUAUGGGAAUGACAGAUCUUGAUCACGUGACCUGUCUAUAGCAAAUGUCAUACUAUGUGUUGCUUCUUGUAUAGUAAGCUGCGCUGUUGCAAAUGCAAUUCUUGUUGUUUAACCUGUGUCUUACAAUAAAGGGCCGAAAACGGAACGUAUAUGGUGACAGCAUACUUCGCUCAUUGAAAGCCUAUUUAAAACCCAAGGACUUUCUCGCUAACCGCCAAACUGUCACCAAAUACGCUAUAAGCCGUUUUUAGAAGUAAAAGCUGAUUUUUUAUUAAGC